UAUAUGCCAGAUUGGUGUGUUGCAAUAUUGUGUAAACCUGAAUUAUAAAAGCAAGAAGUCAUUGCUAACAGUGGAGAAACUUGAUGGUUUGGUCAAAAAAUGAGGGACUAUGAUGACAUCACAAGUUUUUUGGGAACAUGGGGUCCAUUCCAGCUGACUGUUUUCUUUGCAUUAGGUAUAAGUAUCCUUCCAAAUGGUUUUGUGGGCCUCUACAUUGUUUUUGUGGGGGACACGCCAUCUCAUGAGUGUCUGAUUCCUGAGGAGUACAACAUCAGUGAUGUUUGGAGAGAAGCUGCAAUCCCAAUGGUGAUUCAAGAUGGGGUUUUAAAACGCAGUUCCUGCUCCAGAUACAAAAUGGAAACAGUGAGGAAUUUUUCUGUGCUUAACUACACCCCAAAUGUGGAGGUCAAUGUCAGCGAGAUUGAGGUCGAGUCCUGUGUGAAUGGCUGGAACUACAGUAAAGAGAUUUACGAGUCUACAACAGUGACAGAGUGGGACCUGGUAUGUGAGAAUGAGUACAAAGGGCCUCUGACCUCAUCGAUAUAUUUCUUUGGUGUGUUGGUGGGGACGUUCCUUUCAGGACAGAUGUCUGACAGGUAUGGCAGGAGGCCUGUACUUUUUGUCAUGAUGGCUAUGCAGACAAUAACUAUCCUUAUCCAGAUGUUUUCUCCAAGCUGGGAAAUCUUCACUGCCAUCUACUUCUUUGUGGGAUUCAGUGGUUUUUCUAAUUAUGUUGUAGCAUAUGUCCUAGGCUGUGAAAUUCUCAGUCCAGCCAGUCGGGUGAUGUUUGGUUCUCUGGGAAUCUUCAUGGGGUCUGGAAUCGGUCUGUUGUUCUUUCCAUUAGCAGCUUAUUUCAUCCGUAGCUGGCGAUGGCUGGUGCUUACAAACGCCCUCACUGGCCUUCUGUAUCUACCAUUGUGGUGGUUCAUUCCCGAGUCUCCUAGAUGGCUGCUCUCUCAGGGAAGAAUUGCAGAGGCUGAAGCCAUACUGAGACGUGCAGCUGCACAGAACAAGGUCACCGCACCUGAAAUCAUCUUCACAUCCUCUGAGAUUGAAGAAGCAGCAAACAUGAGGGAGAAAAAACAUAAUAUUCUGGAUAUUUUAAGGAACUCUAAUGCUGUUUUAACAAUCACGAUAUGUUCACUUCUGUGGAUGGUCAUCACCAUGUCUUACUAUGCUCUCAUUCUGAACACCACAAACCUUCAUGGCAAUCCAUACCUGAAUUUGUUCCUGUCUGCAGUGGUGGAGAUCCCAGCUUUCAUUAUAGCCAUGCUGUUGCUCAGAUACUGCAGCAGGAGAUUCUGCCAGUCCUCCACUCUUCUCAUGGGUGGAGCUAUGAUUUUCAUUAUACAGCUUAUUCCCAAAGACCUGAUGGAGUUGGCAAUUUUACUGGAGAUGCUGGGAAAACUUGGUGUCACAGCUGCAUUCUGUGUAGUUUAUGCAGUGACUUCAGAACUGUUUCCUACCGUGGUGAGAAACAUGGCGAUGGGAACGUGCUCCAUGACCGCUCGCAUAGGCAGUAUAGUUUCUCCUUUCAUCAUAUACUUGGGUAACUACUACAAAUAUAUUCCUUAUAUUGUCAUUGGAAGCCUGGUAGUGUUUUCUGGCUUAAUUACGUUACUGUUGCCAGAAACUAAAGGAAAGCUUCUCCCUGAGACCAUUGUGCAGAUGCAGCGAAUAAAAGGACUGAGGAGCCCCAAAAAACAGGAUGCAAUGAUGUGGACAGCAGACAAAAGUAAAGUCUUCAAAGAAGUGAAACUUUAACAACUGGACAGUGAAAUAAAAACAUUAAUGUCAUGUUAAUCAAAUGAGUGACUCUAACCCUAAAUUAAUUACACUGUUGAGCUGGCAUGGCAACAUCAACUUGUCUUGCUUUUGUUUAACUUUUAUAGGCAGAUCAUGUAUGCAAGACAAAUCCACCACAUGAGGAGCUUUACUGCCUUUGAUGUGUUAUCAUAUUGUCUGCAAUAAAGCUUGUGCCCCCC